AUGUACAGUGGAGCCAUGGUUCACCUGUCUGCUGGGCUGCUGCUAUUUGUUUCUCUCCAGAGCUCAGCACUCGCCCUACAAAAUGGUUCCCUGCCUCGGACUUUCUCUGGGCACUUUGUCCUGGUCACCUAUGAGCCCGUGGACUUUGUUGAACUGUCGGCAUCAGACGGAGUGAAGGACGACGGGGGGUCGGGCUCCGGAUCGGAGGAGGAGCUGGUGAAAGGACACGGUCACCACGGCCCACGCCAUCAUCCACAGAAGCACUAUUUUGUCUCAGAGGGGGUCAAGCGUUUUCUCCAAGGUCGCCUGGCAACAAGCUUUAUCCCGACCGUUUACACCCUCGUCUUCGUCAUCAGUGUGCCCCUCAACCUCGUUGCUAUGGUGAUGUUUGUGCAUCAGAUCCGUCCCAGGAAGCCAGCAGUGAUCUACAUGCUGAAUCUGGCCUGCGCUGACCUGCUGUUCGGCCUGCUCCUUCCUUUCAAGAUAGCCUACCAUUACCAUGGCAACAACUGGAUCUAUGGCUCCUUCAUGUGCGGGGUUGUGACGGCCGCGUUCUACUGCAACAUGUACUGCUCUGUCCUGCUCAUCACGUGCAUCAGCAUCGACCGCUUCCUGGCUGUGGUCUACCCCAUGAACUCCCUGACCUGGCGCAGCCCUCAGACGGCUACGGCUGUGUGCGCCGCCAUGUGGCUGUUGGCCCUCGGGGGGGUCUGCCCUCUGCUGCUCUCAGGACAGACCGUCUAUUUGCCAGACCUGGACAUCACCACCUGCCACGAUGUGCUGGAUGUGGAACAACUACAAGCUUACUAUCUGUACUUCUUCCCCAUCUACUCUUCGGUUUUCUUCUUCAUCCCUCUCUUCUUCACCGUCGUCUGUUACGUCCGUAUCAUCCAGGCUCUGGCGGAGACCAACGUGGAGAACCGCUCCAGGAAGACUCGUGCUGUGGUGAUGGCUGCGGUUGUGCUGGUGGUGUUUGUGGUCUGCUUCACUCCCACCAACAUCCUCCUGAUGGUGCACUACGUUCAAGUGUCCCACAGCUCCAGUGACGACUCCUACCAGGCCUACCUGCUCUCCUUGUGCGUGGGCAGCCUAAGCUGCUGUCUGGAUCCAGUCCUCUACUACUUCGGCUCCUCUCAGUGCCAGAAGCAGAUGGCUGCUGUGUUCCGAUGUAGGCGACUGGCGAAGGUGGAGCGCAGCUCAGAGACACACAGCACGAGAAGCAGUGGGCGGACAGACAGCAGCAGGUUAAGCAAGAUGGAGAGCGCUGAAACGGGCCUGGACAGCCACUACAGCCGGCUGGUGGCUUGAGUGCAUGAAGAGGCUGAGACACUUCCAACACACACCCACACUAUAUCACAUCAAUGUGUAUCUGAAACAUGACUGCUUCUGUUUGACCAAAGGAAAAAUCUAAAUACCACAUUCACAUAUUUCCAUGUUUCUGUUUAUGUGCACAGUGUGGUUUGAAAGGUUUGGGGGGAGAUGUGUGCAGUCUUGUUGAACUGGAUUUAUUUUCUCUUUAAUGAGUUUUUCUUGGAUGUAUCAUUGUUCAACAUAUAUUUACAGUCAUUUUACAGCAAAGCAUUUUUCUUUCAAAACAUGACUUUUAAUGAAUUACAGAAUAUACAACAAUAAUAAUAAUAAUAAUACUUUUCUCUUUA